AUGGAUGAAUUACUUGAACACGUUAAAAAUACUGUCAUAAAAAACGAAAUGGACGACGAAAUCAUAAUUUUAAAUGUUGGUGGCGUUAAAUUCGAAACUACACGUAAAACUUUAAUUGCUCAUCCAGAAACAACUUUAGGAAAAUUAUUUGACCCUAAAAAUCCUGAAACAAUCAAACCAAUUUAUCCUGGUGGUAAUGAAUAUUUUAUUGAUCGAAAUGGUCAUGCUUUCUAUUGCAUUUUAGAAUAUUAUCGCACUGGUCAAGUCCUUUGGAGUGAUGAAUUUAUUAAGAGCAAAGAAUUUCCAGUUCCAAAACAUGCUUUAGAAUUAGAAUGCGGAUAUUUUAAUAUUCCAAUUCAUUCAAAAAAAGGUGCUGCUCGUAACUUACAACAAGGUGCUACAAUUAUUGAUAAAUUUUGUGAAGGUUUAAUAUGUUUUAUUAAUGAAGCAAUGAAUAGAUUUAUCACGAAAGUUAAAGUUGAAUAUAGAAGCCAAGGUACAUGGUCAAAUGCAGAACCAUUUACCAAUUAUGAAAAAGGAAAAUGGUUUUUAGAAUUUGAGAAACAAGGGCAUGGAUUGUUAAGCAAUGAAAGAGUUAUCAGUGUAAUUGAAAAACGAUUGAAGAACCAUUUUCCAUCUAUUAAAGUAAAGGUGGUUGAUAACAAAGCUUUGGUAGUGGAAGAUUUCCUUGACAUGGAUAGUUUUGUAGACAAUCUUGAAUAA